GUCACAUUCCCGCGCUACGAUUUGGCGCGAAGAGACGCAAAGUAACGGGAGAGCGCAAAUGUCGCUUGUGUUUGUGAACUGGCAGAGAGCGACAAUUUCGGAAAGGACUUGGAAAAACUCGUCAUUGAUUAGUGAAGCUUUGCCGCUUCUGUGAGCAUCUGUGUAAUCAAUAUUAUCCAUCCAACGUGACGCAAGAUUAAAAAGACAACAAUAAUUUCAGCUCUAAUCCAUACUUACCAGGAGGGGAAUUUCACACAACCUCCAAUGAUGAUAGAACUAGACCCAGACUCUGUAUGGUCUCACGACGAGCCAUCCAUUUGCAGCGAAAAUUGGAAAUCACAAGAGGGGCCCACUCUUUCCAAUGAUAUAUGGAGCAAAUUCGACCUCCUCCUCACACCCCCACGUACCCCUCUGAGGGACGCAGAUUGCAUCGAUUUGGGCAGUUUGCCUGAAGACUUCAACAUUGGGGCCAUAGAUUUGCCCCUUCUCGAGGAAGAUGACUUGGAAGUCAAUCUGGAUUUCCUGGACUUGGAUGUUAACUUGCCGUUAGGCAAGUUAGAGCCGACAGGUGUAAAUACUAUCGAUUUCACACCAGGCGUUGUUUGCUCCCACGGCCAGGUGCGGGACACCUGCACCAGCUGCGAAAAAUUGGCCUUGGCAGGGUCGGAGUUACGCCACGAUUGCAUGUGGAUUGGUACCUGCACAGCGGAGGCCCAUGCUAAUCAGAAGAACCGCAUCCACCACGAUUCCACCUGCUCGCAUAUCUCCGACCUCCUGCUGUCGGAUUCUCAGGGAUCCCUCGAAGUCGUCACCAGAUUCACACAACUGGACGACUUCCGGGAUCAUGAAGAUGACGAUGACGAGACUCAACUGGAUCACGAGGACGAUGAUGAUGCCCUGGAUUGCAAUGCCAUGCCCAGACCUGAUACGCCUUCUGAAUCGUCAGAAACGGAUUCUGACGAAGAGCUGGACACGGCCCGUUCUAAUGACUAUGAAGUUGUUCGCGAGGAAGUAGUUUACACGAGCGGAUCGCCGUCUUCGACGGGUGUAGUGCAUUCCGAUCACACGUACCACUGUCUGCCUCCGCCGUCUCCAAAGGGAAGCCCUGUCAAGUCUCAGACUCAGCUCGUGCCAUCGUAUCUACACACACCCUCGGAUUCAGAGGAUGAAAUUGAUGUCGUAAGCGUUGGUGGCAACAGUAAGGAGAGUGCCUACUCUUGCUCCACACGACCUGCCAAGAGAAGUAGCAACAGUAGCAGCGGCGGUAGCAAAAAGAAUAAGAACAUGGUUCUAAGUUGUACGUCGGAGGGUGCUAAGAAAAUUUUCCGCAUUCACACCACCACGGCGCAGCAGCCUUCUACUUCUCUGAGAUCAAGUAAAAAGGUCGUUCACGAAAGCCCGGCAGAAGGUGUGAAGUUGAAAGCACGGAAGGGUUCUGGGAAGGCCACAAAACGCCUCCUACAGCAACAGCAACGUGGUGGUUCUGGAGGACCUCGUAAGCGGGGCUGCCCAAGGGCCGACAUCGAUGACCCUGACAAGAGAGAAAUUCACAACUCGCUGGAAAGACUACGAAGAGUCGACCUGCGAAAUGCGUUCGAGGAGUUGAGGGUGCUUAUUCCAGACCUGGCUGGAAAGGAGAAGGCACCCAAAGUGGAGAUCCUGAAGAAGGCCGCGCAAUAUUGUCAUGUCAUUCAGGAAGAAGAGAGGAACUUUUUGGCGCAAAUAGAGAGAGAAAGAAAGUACAAUAGUAACCUUAUAAAAAGGUUGCAUGCGUUACAGAGACGUUGAUUAGUUGUGUAAAAUUAGAUUGAGAAAAGACGUUAUAUGAAUAGUCAUUAUAGAAUUAUAUAUAUAUAAAUAAAUAUAUAUAUAAAUAUAUAUAUAAUCUAGAUAACUAAGGAAAGGGAUUGCUUGUCCCUUAGAAAUUGUUGGUGCCUGUUUGGAAGAUCCUGUGCUUGUUGAUCGCAUCUGUUAAAAAUUGCCUCUUAAACUGUGUAAAGUUCUUUGUCAGGUAAUACUUUAGCAUAGUGGAGUCCAUUAAUUCAGAAAAAGUUUUUUUUUCCUUCAAGAGAAUAGAAGUGGGCUUUCAUAGUUCAUAAAUCGAGAGAGAACGUGGAAGUAGUAGUAGUAGUCACAUAAGGGAGGGAGUGGACUAUGUUGUGAAUACUCGGGGUCCGCGUGAAUUGCUCAACGCCACUUCCGGAGUCUUGUGCAAGUUUUGGAAGAUCGAUGAGUAUUUUAUUUCUCCAGACUAGGCUGAAUGGUCAGUGAAUGCUUGGAGGCAUGAUCAGGAAGUAUUGGACCUUCUGUCAUGUCUCGGAGCUCGUUGCUUGAAGGUGCUCUGUCGGCGAGUGAGAUCGACUCCAGUUAAAUUGGGGAUGAGGUUACUCUCCGCAAAAGAUGAUUAACGAUGCACCGAUUCAUGUCUUAACUUUUUUUUUUCUUGUGGAAGGUUUAGGUGGGAGGGACCAGCAGCGAAGAGUCGGGUUUUAAAGGUUCUUGAACCGACGAAAACCAAAACAUUAUUGUCUUGUGUUGUGUGCCUGUCUGUAUCAGGGUCUGUAUGCUGGUGUGUGUGUGUGUGUGUAUUCUGUGAUUUGUACUAUCCCGGAUGUCAGCCUCGAUUUGGUGUGUGGAUGUGAUGUAAGGAUUUGUUAGUUUGGUCACUUACGUACCUUUGUCAAUUCCUGUGUCAAUACUGUACACGGUGAAUUGAAUACUGUAAAAUUUGUAAAUAUAUUUUAGUACAUAAUUUUGUGAUACGUAUAUUUAGUAGGCCUUUGGGUUUGGCAGGUUUAUGUAUCCAAUACCUCAAUAUAUUUGUUUUGCUUUUUAUAUCAUGCAUUAAAAUCAUAACCGCAAUCAGCUGUUAACACUGGUUGGUUGAGCUCUAGAAUUUGGACAUUGGUGUCACCGUAGUCUUAGCUUUUGUUUUGGAGGAGGUUAUCAUUACAUGGGAUUUUGUACAGAUUUACAUUAUAUAUUAUUAUUAUUAUAAAGAUAAAAUAAUUAUGUUAUUCACAAGUGAUGAUUUGAGGUAAAACUACUGAAAGAUUUAGCGCAGCCUCCUUAGCGUUACAUUGAAAGAUCAAAGGCAGGAUAAGCAACAUUUAACUUCUGUUGUAUAUUGUGUGUUGUAUUCUCUAGUAUUUUUAUAUGUUGAUAUUGAAAGCUUUUUACAUAUACUUAGUAUAUAGAUUCAUACGAACGAACAUUACCCACAGCAAGAAUCGGUUUAUACUGCCGAUAUAGAGCCGAGUCGUUAAAAAUAAUUAAAAUUACAUGCUGUUGAAAAACAAAUUAUAUGCUUGGAAUAGCAACGACCUCGAUGCUUUUCUGAAAAAGCGGAAGACCACAUUUAUCCUAUAGAAAACUUAAGUGGUGGUCAAUGGGGCUAAAUAUGAAGCUUGUUUUGUAUUUUCGGGCCGCUUGAUGUAAGAGUGGAAAUAUUAUCUUGUAUAUCAGUGGUACCUGUAUCACGUCCACUACGGUUUUGUGGUGAGCACUUAUCCCUUAGGCCUGUUUUUGUAUGCCAUUAUACAUAGAUAUAAGGAUGAUACUGUGUAUGUCGUACAGUUGACUUUUAACCAAUUUAUUUUUAUGUAGGAAUUGGGGGUUUUAUUUAUUUAGCUUCUCUGAAAAUCACCAGUAACAUGACUCUCCUCAGUCUCAUACAGGCAUUCAUAUUUUAUUUAUAAAUCAUUCAACCAUUCUCUCUCUCUCUCUCUCUCUCUCUCUCUCUCUCUCUCUCUCUCUCUCUCUCUCUCUCUCUCUCUCUCGAACAGUGAGCAGUCUGCGUGUAAAGCUCUCACUGGUUCUUUACGAAUUCGUUUUAGAGUUUUUUUUCUUCCGUAAUCAUUAUAGGUCUGUUAAUCUUCAUAUUUAUGUUUUGUAGAGGUUUCUUUGUUAGAUUUAUGUAUAUUUUUAUGCCGCCAUAUUUAUGUUUUUAGGUAUCGUGGUUUUUUUGUGUCAAAACGUUCUCAUUCUCUGUACCUCUGAAAGCCUGUCUUCCCCAUUAUAGUAACCAAAGCUAAAAGUUUCCCUUUUUACUUUUAUUUCGUGUUGUGGGUCUUUGUGCUGUUUCGUCUUCUUUAUAUCUUUAUCCAGUCGUGUUUUUCUUAACCACAGCAAAACUACCCUUAUACAGCUUGAAACUUUAGCGUGUAAUUAACCUUCAGCAGCGCCCUCGGCAGUGGCAGAUGAUGUACAAAAUGGAAUGUGGCUUGUUAUACGAAACAUUUUGUUAUGGGAUUGUGGAAAUACGAAGAUGUUUGCCGAGAUCCAGGUUUCAAAGGUUGUAUGAAGUAAAAGCCUCAAUAGGCCUCCUACAUGGGCAUUGUAUGAUUCAUUUUUUUAUUCAUUAGAAAUUCCAAUACAAGAGUGAAACCUUUCACUAAGGAAAUGACACAAGGUCACUUGGUUUUCCCCUUAUUUUUGGGGGAGGAAUUUAGGGGGCGGGGUUAGGAAGCUGUAAAUUACUCAGCUUCAUCAGUCUCGCGUUUGAUUUUCAAGGAAAUGUGCCUUUUUAAUUUAUCCAUCAUGAUGAGAAUUUAACGCCUGCAAUCAUUUAACCGUGCAGUUGAAAGAAAGUUUUCUUUGUUACCAUGAAAUUUUAACGUCUGCUUAUCAGACGUAAUUUGGCCUAAUUAGUAUAGUUUUGAGGGUAUAAAAUGCUCUUUUAAUUUUCCUUGUACAAAGUCUUGGAUAGAAACCAGAAACGGUUAGUGGUUACUUUAUUAAAUCACGUUGUUGCGUUAUUGUUAUGGCGAUGCCUCCAGCGAGUGGAAAGAGGCAGUGAAAUCUGCUGUUCAUUGCUUUUUUAUCCUGACAGCCUUUGCAGUCAGACCGUUUAAAAGAAGAUUUUGGAAUUCUCAUAAUUGACGGCCUCGUCCUUUCUCCGUCAUUUCCCUUAAGGAGGAAUGAGGACUUGAAUUCCGCGCCGUUCACUGGAUAAGUUACCUUUCUCUUCGUUGCUGCACCGUUCAUCAUUGCAUCACUAAUUAGGAGCUUUCGUCUUGUUUCUUCCUUGUUUAUCACAUAACAUGUUCAAAUACCAGUGUAGGAGAUAAGGAAGAGGUAUAUAGAUGUAUAUGUACUAUAAACUGCUCAAUUUUUCUCACAACCCAGGAUUAUUUUUCUACAAAAAAUGUAAAAAUCCUCCAAAAAUAUUUAUACGGCAGCCCUUCAAGUUGCCAUUUUAUUAUGAUUGUUACAGUGAUUGUAUAAUUAAUAGCCCCGUAUUUUGGUGAACUAAUUUUUUUCUCUUUUAUGUACUUUGGCGCUAAUGUGAAGAAACUUUUUAUUUUGCUCAUACUACUGUGUAACAUUCAUGUUUUAUUUUUCUGGGUUUUAGUGCUUUUUUAUUGAAGUUAUUAUUGUUUGUUUUUAUUCAUUUGUAAAUUUUGGGGCUUUCUUUUUUCCAGCCCAGCUUGGCUGAGUUCCUGUAAUAAAACUGAUAGUUACC